AGAGCAAGUCUUCUUCGAGAGGUGAGAGAUAAUAAAAUAACUGACAUUAAGACAUUAUGAAUAUUAAAAUUUUUUUCCUAGGUUAGUACAUCACAUGCGUUAUCGUCAACAUUGGAUAAUGCAAAAUCUCAGCUACAGAAACGGAUAACAGAAGAUCAAUUAGCAGAAAUCACCGAUAAUAAGUCUGUCAAUAUUGUAAUGGAAAAACUCGGAGAAGUACAGGAUGAGAAUAAAUAUUUGAAACAGAAAAUGGAAUUUCUCGAAGUUCAACUUCAAGGAAAACAAACUGACCGUCAAAUAAUGAACAAUUUGAAGUCAUAUCAAAAUAAUAUUGAUAACAAUGCCAAUACCAAUUUUAGUCUAGGUAUUUCAACAUCAGAUAAUAAUAAUUUUGGUUUAGGUAACAAUUCCAAUUUUGGCUUAGGGGUUUCAACGUCAGAUGAGUUAUCAUCUAAAGGCGUUAAUUCUAAUUUGGGUAAAUUAAAUCAGUUCGAUUUUGGUUUAUCAUCUCUUAACAAUGUCCGUGAAGACAUCACAUCAUUUCCAUUUUUUGGAAAUAAAACUAAUCAAUUGACUAAAGAAUCGUCAAUACCAAAUUCAAUCUUAUCGUCGUCUAGAUCAUCACUCCCGAAAUCUGAGACACAAAAUCCACAAAUUCAUCAAGUACAAGAUAAUGAAAGACUCAUGAACACAAUUAAUACAGAUUCAAGAGGAUUUUCAACAAGAUGAUUAAGAUAUUUCUUAAAUCAGAUUGUAAACAAGAAAUAAAGUAUUAACAUACUCUGUAUAUGUAUUGAUUCAUUUUUGUAUAUAUUUGCAUUUAUAGAAUUUCACAGAUACUAAUAGACAGCAUCAUUGAUAUCAAUAUAAAUUUCACUCCGCAUUACAUAAUAAUCUUUAUUUUUUAUUUUUCAAAGAAACGAUACUAAUGUUUCUUCUUUUCUUUUUGUAAGUUUCGGACUUUCGAUAGUGAAAAAUCGAAACGUUCUAAUAUUUUGUGUGGGAAUUUAAGUCAUUUGUAGUACUCCGGUGAAUGUGCGCAAAGAACUUCGGAUUUUUUUCUAUUUUAUUUGUUGUUUAUUGGAAUCGAACCAACUGGAACAAUG